AUGAAUGAUAUACGUGCUAUUAAUAGACGAUUUCAAGAGUUGUUCAAACAUCAAGUACCCUUCAAUAUUCUUCAAGGCUUUGAGUUUUUUACAUUUAGAGAUAUCCAACAUGCACGAAUGAUAGAGCUAGAAGAAAUGAACAAUGGUAAAUCUAAAUCUGAAGAACUUUUUUCUGAAAAAGAGAUGUUUCAUAUUUUUCAAACACUCAUGACAACUCCAGAAGUGUGCUGA